UUUUUGGAUUGAAUAAAUACAGCCUUGAUGAGACUCUCUUAAAAAACAUUAAAAAUCUUACUGAUCCCAAACUUUUGAGCGGCAGUGUGUAAAGAGAGAGAGAGAGAGAGUGUGACUGUUUUUUUCCCCUUUGUUUUUCCUUCUUUGAAUCCUUGAUUUUAAAUAUGAUCAUGCGGUAUUAUGAUGUUUGUUUAAUGAAAGUUACUAACAUGUACAUACAAAUUCUAUGAUUAUUCCAUCCUUUAAACUUAAUUUAACAUGUUUUAUAAGAAUUUGAAUAGGUUGGCAAUUGUAAUCCAUAUAAAUCAUGCCAAUAAAGUUUUACAGAGAUGGACUAAGAAUAGUCCGUCUCUGUGUACCUACUUUUUUUGGACAAAUUUAUACCCAGAAGUGAACUCUGACAAACCUCCUACAACCUCCUUUGGGGACUUCCUCAUUUGUAAAAAUAGCAUAAAAAUAAAGUAAAUAGAUUUUUUUUUUUUCGGUUUAGGGUGCAUGUAGAUAAAUGUCAGUAUUUGUAACUUGCUGUAUAUCAAAAUAAUACAAGUCUAUGGAAUGUCCCCAUUUCUAUAGCUAAGUAAACGUGUGUGUGUGUGUUUGGGGGUGGGGUUGUGGGGGAGGGUGGAUCACUGGAUCUCUCCAGAACUCUGUAAUGUUAUCCCUCAGUUCUCUCUCUGUCCGUGCAACAGCUCCUCACAUCUCUCCUUUCUUCUCUCACUUCCUGAUAAUGAUUAUUAGGACACUUUCUCCAUUCAUUGUCCUCUCCGUUGUCUGCUGUUACGCAGAGGAGGUAAGGAGUAAAAGUAAAGUUUGUGCCAAUGUGUUCUGUGGAGCUGGGAGAGAAUGUGCUGUGACAGAGAAAGGAGAACCAAGCUGUCUGUGUAUUGAGCAAUGUAAACCCCAUAAGCGUCCAGUUUGUGGAAGUAAUGGGAAGACAUACCGUAAUCACUGUGAGCUGCAUCGUGAUGCCUGUCUCACCGGACUCAAAGUUCAGGUAGCCCAUGAUGGACAUUGUAAAGAGAAAAAAAUGGAAAAAGUCACCAACAGCCCAAUUGUUUGUUACCUUACGGACCGCAAUGAGUUGAGGAGUCGUGUGAUUGAAUGGCUGCAGUCUGAGGUGGAGCCUGACGGCUGGUUUUCGAAAGGAUCCAACUUCUCAGACGUCCUCCUCAAAUACUUCCAGAACUAUGAUAAUGGAGAUGCUCAGCUGGAUUCAACAGAACUCUUGAAGUUCAUUCAACAUAAUGAGACUGCAAUAAAUGUCACAUCUCCUUAUGCUGAGGAGGAGAACAACCGCCUACUCAGGAGUCUGUGUGUGGAUGCCCUCAUUGAGCUGUCUGAUGAGAAUGCCGACUGGAAACUGAGCUUCGAUGAGUUCUUGAACUGCCUCAGGCCUGGAUUCAACCCUCCAGAGAGGAAGUGUGCCUUAGAGGACGAGACAUAUGAGGAUGGUGCUGAGACUCAAAUGGAAUGUAACCGCUGCGUUUGUGCCUGCGGGAACUGGGUCUGCACUGCUGUUAUUUGUGAUGGUUCAAAUAAGUUACCUGCGCUUGAGGAAAUGGAGGGAAAUAAUCAGGAGAUGACGGAGGAGGAGUGGACUCGCCGAGUGGCUGAACUCAAUAAACAUCAGGAAACAAUGGAGAAGAUGAAAAUGGCCACUAAAAAAGUCUGAGGAGUAAUUCAGGAGGAGGGAUGAACUUUUUCCCAGAUUUCAGCUUCAAUCAACCUGUGUUUGAAUGGAAAGAGAGAGAAAGUUUCAUUUGUUUAGUUUAUUAUAUUAAUUAUUGAUGUAUUCAAAGGUGUCUUCUCUUCUGGUAUUUGAUAUAGUCUUUUUUUAUUUGUAUGGGACAAUAAAAGAGUCUGUAUGAUUUGUAUCUGUAGUGUAAAUUACUGCAAACCUUUUUGUAAUAGUAUUUUUUAAACAUUCAGUGUAAUUUUAAUGUUUCUAUAAGGCAAUGUGUUCAUUUUUACCUUAAAGUUAACAGAAAAUAUGAAAAUAUAUUUUGUAUAAAGACCAUUAACAUCAAAAAGGUUUUUGCAUUGUGAAAUAAUUAUAAAUUUUAUCACAAUUUUGAUGAUUGUAAUAUGACAUACAGUAUCUUAUGUACAGUGUAGAAUUUACUUCACCUUUCAAAAAGCCAGGGAUUGGAUAAUGUCAACAGGAAUCCCUCAUUAUUUUGUGAUGACUUUGGAUUAAUAAAAUCAGAAUGAAUUCAG